AGAACAGAAUAGAGAAGCCCCGAAGGGCGGUGUGACCCAUCUUCCGUACUGGGAGUGAUACCCUUGCAUCUUUGUCGUCUUCCCAUCAGAAAACCCACCUAACUCGACAGAAAAAGAAAAACUCCUUAGUUUGCAAGAACCAAAAACCCUACAAUCUCUUUCUCCCCUUUCCCGUUCUCUCUGAAUUCAUCGUCCCGGGUGGCGAAGCUGCCGUUAGUUUCAAUCCAACGGUUUAACUGUUUCUUUCUGUUGUCCAAGAUUGUUUUUGGUUUCUGGUGGGAAUCUGGUAAUUCUGGUCAAAGAAGGCUUAACAAGAUAAAGAUUGUGUGUCUUCGAGUAUUGGUAAUAGUGAACAUCCUUUUUAAACAGAAACUAGCAGAUUGGUGUCCAUAUUGAUCAUCCAUGGAAGAGUUGAUUGGACCAAGAUUGUACAUUUGCUGUAAUUGUCGAAGCCAUGUUGCCUUUCACGAUGAUGUUAUAUCUAAAGCCUUUCAGGGAAGAAAUGGUCGGGCAUUUCUCUUCUCCCAUGCAAUGAACAUUGUCACUGGACCGAAAGAGGACAGGCAGCUAAUGACUGGCCUCCACACAGUCACUGAUGUCUAUUGUAGUGACUGCCACGAGGUACUGGGUUGGAAGUAUGAACGAGCUUAUGAGGAGUCACAAAAGUACAAAGAAGGGAAGUACGUACUUGAGAAAUCAAAAAUUGCCAAGGAAAACUGGUAGUUCACUAAGAACUCCUGUUCACGUGUCUUAUUUGUUGGUGUAAAAGUCUAUCAAUCAUCCCCAAGUUCCAUGUUGUCCAAAAAGGUGCAAUCAAUUUAAAUUUGUUCAGUCAUCAUUCCCUGAUGUGCCUUUCUUUUAUGUUCUUGUGCAGAAAUUACAUUUGAGAUUAUUGAAGUUGUGAAUAGAAGUGCUUGUCUUUCUGGUC